AUGUCUUCAAAGAGGUUGCCUUUAAACCAAAGUGCUUUGUUAUCAAGGGAUGAUGGAAAAUACAAGCUCACAGGCAAUCUUCUAAAAGGCGUAGUCUUCUUAGAAGUGAAGAAUCUUCAACCACGGGAUGUUGGUCUGUACACCUGCAAAGUGGCACGCCUGAUACCACCUCCAUAUCUAGAAGGAAGUAGCAAUGGAACUUACAUCUGUGGAAUAGAAGAUACAUUGCAAGAUUCCUGCAAGUCAUCAGAAACUAAAUUUGUCAUAUGCUUGGGGACCCUGGCAGCCUAUACAUUUGUGAUCAUCAUGACUACCAUAAUUUAUGUACUGGUUAGAAGAAAACCUACCUGCACAAGUUCUCCUUCACAGCCAAGCAGAGACUCUUUGAUAUACGUGGAUAUGACUUUUGCAAAAGAAAGUACUAAGAGUGAUGAGUGAAAACUGUGGAGCUAGAAAUGUUGGAAAGUGGCUAUCCCAGCCUUGGUU